CGCCGAAGAAAUCAUUUCCGGUUCAUAGGCGAGAUCACAUGUUGGCUUGUAGCCGAGCUAGCAUGGAGAAGCUAACAGGCUAGCAAUUGCGUCACAGACGACGGGCGUCCAUGCCAAUCAAGAGAGUUACCAAAAGUCAUCUUUUCCCAGGUUGGCUGUGUCUGUGCUGCUGAAAGAUGAGCUGAGGCCUUCACUUCCUGUCAAACUUUGUCAUCAGCCUCGACUAAGAAACCAGAGGAAGUGUCCCGCCCCGACCCAGAGUUGAUCUAGAUGCUGACACGGAAGUUGUGUUUCAGAGCGCAGGUGGCUGCAUGCCGAGCCAGCUUCCUUCGGUGUCGAUGCGGUAACAAAACGGCAGACUGAGCGUGCUCACAAAGUGAAAUAAAUUGUGCAGCAAGUGUUGAGUGGCAGCGUUGGAUGUCAGGAAUGGGGACCAUCCCAAACGACAUCAGGAGACUACUGGAUGACUGUGAGCUGUUUGUGUCGGACAUCCUCCAGAAUGAGAAGCUGAGCGAAAAUACGGAGGAGACCCGCCAAGUCUUGCUGAAUAAUUUCAGGGUGGUGCACGUGAGAAACCCUCAGGAAUUCCCCUUGCGGUUGUCAGCUGACUUGAGGGAGGAAGAUGGUUCCGAUGACAACCGCAGCUCCAGUUUGGGUCGCUCUGCCCCGUCCGACGACGCCUCGCUAGCCUCCGACUACCAGGACGAUGGAGCACCCGAGUUAUUUGAGGACAUCCCCUUCACAGCAGCACAGGACCUCAACAACGUCCUGAAGCAAGGUUACUUGGAAAAGAGACGAAGAGAUCCCAGCUUCUUUGGCCCCGGGUGGCAGAGGCGCUGGUGCGUCCUCAACAAUUCCAUAUUCUUCUACUUUGGGAGUGACAAAGAUAAACAACAGAAAGGCUCGUUUUACAUAAACGGCUACAGCGUCCAGCUCGUCGCCAACGUCAGGAAGGACUCCAAAAAGAACGCUUGCUUUGAGCUCUUUGCUCCCGGCCGGAGAACUUUUCAGUUCACUGCCAGCAGUCCUGAGGAGGCUCGAGAGUGGGUCAACCACAUCAGUUUUGUCCUGCGAGAUCUCAGCUCCAGCACCAUUCCUUUCGAUGAGGACGAGGAGGAUGAUGAAAGUGGCGACGAAGAGGGGACUUACGAUGACAUCGACGACGUCAGCCACUCGGCCCCGCCCUGGCCCGCCGCCCCAAAUGUAGGAAGGUGGCAGGGGGAGGACGAGGACGAGGACGAUGAAGGCUACAUCUACGAGGUCCUGCCAGAUGAGGACUUCCCAGAUCCACCAGACGAGUGCCUGGAGACGGCCAACAAAACAGAGUUUGCCAACUACUACCAGGCGGUGUGGCACUGCCAGGCCGACCAGCCAGACGAGCUGUCCUUCGCCAGAGGAGACCUCAUCUUCAUCCUCAGCAAGGGUGCAUAUAUUUCCUGGUGGAGAACAAGUGCUUCUCACGCCUCAGCAGGGGCGUCGUUCUCCUCACAGGCCAUGGGGGUAAAGUGCCAUUUGGGCGCUGGGUAAUGGCGCUGUUGUUCAUUACUGCGGCGCCAUCUCUGGGGUUAAUUGAGUCGGCAGCCAUGCGAAGCUCUUCUUUCCUUCCUGCUUAACAUAAACUGCAGGUUUCUUUGUGCAGCCCCCCCUGCUGGAAAUCAAUGGCUCGUCAUUUGGCGAGGGACUUGUUCUCAUUCUGGUAGCUCUCAGUGACGGAAGUCACAUAAGCAGUGUAGACAUUUAAAGGCACUUAAAAUCAACCAUAAAAUUUAAGAAUGUCUAGUAGGACUGGGCGGUAUGGCUGAAACCUGUAUCACGAUAUAAGUGUUUUGUAUCGGUCAAUAUUGAUAAUUAUUGCUUUUUUUUUAGCACUUCUAGCUGAAGGAAAUAUUAUCUAUUUGAAAUGUAACCUUCCCCUGAUUAUAAUCCCUCAGAUAUCAAGGCAUAAAGGAAAUGUCAACACAAGCAUGGAAAACACUCAAA